CCACACAGCAUCAAUCGCGGCUGGUAAUCAUGGAAUACCUGUUAUUGUGGCUGGGCAUCACUUUGGGAAUGCAAGUGGAAUGGCUCCUCGUGCACACAUUGCUGUCUAUAAAGCGCUGUACAAAGGUUUUGGAGGUUUUGCUGCUGAUGUAGUGGCUGCAAUAGAUCAGGCAGCUGAAGAUAACGUUGACAUAAUCAGUUUAUCCAUUACCCCUAAUAGGAGGCCUCCUGGAUUGGCUACAUUCUUUAAUCCAAUUGAUAUGGCACUAAUGUCAGCUGUGAAAGAUGGCAUAUUUGUUGUGCAAGCUGCAGGAAAUACUGGUCCUUCCCCUAAGAGCAUGUCUUCAUACAGUCCAUGGAUUUUUACUGUAGGCGCUUCUGCCCAUGACAGGGAGUACAACAAUUAUGUUGUACUUGGCAACAAUUUGACCAUUUCAGGAGUUGGCCUUGCUCCUGGAACAGAUGGUGAUUCCAUGUACAAUCUGAUUGCUGCACCUCAUGCACUGCAAAAUUAUACAACUACUCCAAUUGAAAUGUCCCUAGGAGAGUGCCAAGAUCCAAGCCAUCUAGAUAAAGAUCUGAUAAGGGGGAAGAUACUGGUCUGCAGCUAUUCCAUAAGAUUUGUGCUUGGCCUCUCUUCUGUGAAGCAAGCUUUGGAUACAGCAAAGAAUGUCAGUGCUGCAGGCAUUAUAUUUUACUUGGAUCCUUUUGUCCUUGGUUUCCAGCUGAACCCAACUCCAAUGGAUAUACCUGGACUUAUAAUACCAUCAUCUGAUGACUCUAAGAUAUUCCUAAGUUAUUACAACGAUUCGCUUGUACGAGAUGGGACGUCAGACAAAGUUGUCAACUUCGGUGCAGUUGCGAAAAUACUAGGAGGUCUGAAGCCAAAUUAUGGUAGUUCGGCACCAAAAGUGAUGUUUUAUUCUGCUAGGGGACCUGACCCUGAGGAUAAUACAUUGGCCAAUGCCGAUAUCUUGAAACCAAAUGUGGUAGCACCUGGCAGUUCCAUUUGGGGUGCUUGGAGUUCGCGUGGAUUGGAUUCUGCUGAAUUUACCGGUGAAAGUUUUGCGAUGCUCUCUGGUACAAGUAUGGCUGCACCACACAUUGCUGGCCUUGCGGCGCUAAUCAAGCAGAAGUUUCCUUCUUUUAGCCCAGCAGCUAUAGGUUCCGCGCUGUCUACCACUACAACUCUCAGUGACAAGCAGGGGAAUCCAAUCAUGUCACAGCGAACAUACAGCAACCCAGACUCCACUCAAACUCCAGCUACACCUUUUGACAUGGGGAGUGGGUUUGCCAAUGCCACUGCUGCUUUGGACCCUGGGCUCAUAUUUGAUUGCAGCUAUGAUGACUACCUCUCCUUUCUGUGUGGUAUAAAUGGUUCUGCUCCAGUAGUGGCGAACUACACCGGCAAUAGCUGCGGGGCCUCCACCAUGACCGGAGCAGACCUAAACCUGCCGUCGAUCACCAUAGCCGUGCUCAACCAGUCGAGAACAGUAACACGAACGGUCACCAACGUGGCGAGCGACGAGAACUACACGGUCAGUUGCAACGCCCCCUACGGGGUGGCGGCGUCUGCGACACCGGCUCAGUUCUUCAUCCCCAGCGGGCAGAAGCAGCUCGUGACCUUUGUCGUGAACGCCACCAUGACCAACUCUUCGGUGAGCUUCGGGGACGUCGAGUUCUACGGGGACAAAGGUCACCGGGUGGUCAUUCCGUUCACGGUCAUGUCCAAGGCUGUGUAGAGUUCCUGAUAACUGAAAAGCUGACACUGAAACGGUGUCCUGACUGAUCAAGCCAUCAAGGUUGUAUACGCAGCGGUGACCUGACUGCUUUGGAGGUAGAAUGACCAGGAUUUACCCUAGUUGUUUUGUUUGGUGUACAUUUUGAAGCAUGUCGUCCAUGUAAGUAGAUGCGUGGCUAGGUGAACAAUAACUGUAAAGAGAAUGUGUAUCAGAACGCCCGUCUUUCGAUGAAUGAGAAAUCCUUUUUGCAGAGGUC